AUGUCUGCUUAUUCGUCACCCUACAAGACAACUCAACCACCAAUAUAUAUUGAUGAUGAUUUAUCACCUGUAAAAUUACCAUCAACUAACAUAAACACAUCAUCUAUAAGAAAAUCAUACGCAUAUAAUCACCAAGGAAGUCAUACACCAGUAAAAGAAAUAACUAAUCUAGAUCAAUCAAGCUUCCAAAAACAACAACAACAACCAUAUACGGAAAAUAUAACCAAGACAAAUUAUUUAAAUAUAAAUUCAGCAACAAAAAAAUCAAUAGAUUUAAAACGUAAUAGAUCAUCAAUAUCAGAUACAACCACAACCACAACCAUCAAACCAUCAAGAUAUUCAUUAACUUCACCAUUACGUAAAAAACGAUUAACUUCAAAUUUAGAUAGUAUUAAAAAAUCAAAUUUAAAAUUAGAUUUAACAAUAAAUAAAUUAAAUAAUGAUAGAAAUAAGAGGUUGAAAAAUUUAGAAUUUAAUAAGAAUUCAAAAUCAAGUCUUGAUAAUUAUGAUGAUGAUAUUGAAAAUAAUUUAAGUUCUCCUAUAAAAAGAAAUCGAUCUUUUAAUAAUACUCAUCAAAUUGAAAUUGAAAAUAUAACUGAUGAAGAUAUUAUUGAAAUUGGUGGUAGGAAAUUAAGUAAUGAUUCAAUAAUUAUUAAUGAUGACAAUGAUGAUAAUAAUGACAACAAUAACGAUAACAAUGAGAAAGAUAAAGAUCAAAUACAAGAAAUUUCAAAUGAUGUUGAAAUUGGAAGAAGAAUUGAAAUUGAAGAAUCAAGUGGUGGAAGUGGUAGUGGUAAUAGUAUAUGGAGAAAACAAAGUCCAAUAAAUCCUCAAUUAAGUAGUGAUUUUGAAAUUGAUUCAAAUUUCAUGAAAGAACCAAGUGCAACUUUAACUCAUUCACAAUUUACAAAAUUAAUAAAUGAACUGAAACAAGAAAGAUUGAAAACUCCUGAUAACCCUAUUGAAAUAGAAGAAGAAGAAGAAGAAGAAAAAUAUUCUAAAAUAAAAUCACCUAACCAAAAUACUGAUUCAAAUUAUGAAUUAAGUCCAUUAAGACAUGAUAUUGAUAUUAUUAAAAAUUUUGAAAAUAAUGAAAAAGAGCAGCAAGAACAAGAAUUAAAUGAAUAUGAAGAUGAACCAACAAUAAAUUUUAUAAAUCCAACAAAUUUAAAACCCCUUUUUUCAAUGAACCACAUCACCAAAUUAGAAAAAAAUCAUGAAAAUAAAAUUAAUCAAUUAUAUAUAGAAAUAAAUGAUAAAAAUCAAGAAAUUCAAAAUUUACAACAACAAUUAAAUAAAACAAAUGAUGAAAAUAAAAAAAUUCAAUAUAAUAAUGAAUUAAUUAAUUUAACUAUCACCACAAUGGAAAAAGAUAUAGCAAGUUUAAAUAAACAAAAUAAGAUAUUAGAAAAUUCAAAUUUAAAUUUUAGACGUAAAUUAAAUGAUUAUAAAAUUUCUAUAAAUGAAAUGGAAAUUGAAUCAAAAAAUUGGAUAGAUAAUAAAAAUGAAUUUGAGACAACUAUUGUCACAUUAAGAUCACAAAUUGAUGAACUAAAUAAUUCUAAAACUGAUUUAGAAAAUAAUAUUAAUCAAAUCAAAAUUGAAAAUGAAGAAACUUCAAAAAAGAAUCAGGUACUAGAAUCAAAAAUUAAAGAAUUAGAAAAAUAUAAUCAAGAAAUUAUAAAAAAUUAUGAAAAUGAAUCAAAUGAUAAAAUCCAAUCAUUAGAAUCAAGUCUAACAAUAAAAGAUUCAUUAAUCGAUAGUUUAAAAACCGAUAAAUUAAAAUUAAUCACCACAAACAAGGAGAAUGAAAAUUUAAUUAAAGAAUUAGAUCAAUUAAUUAAUUCCUCUAAGCAAGAUUAUGAAAAUGAUGUAAAGCACUUGAAUUUAAAAUAUAUUACAGAAAUUGAUAAUUUGAAUAAAUCAAUUAAUGAAUUUAAAAAUGAUAAAAAUCAAUUAGAAUUGGAAUUAAUUUCAAAAACUAAUGAAUUGAAUAAUAUUGUUAAAUCUAAUGAUGUAGAAAUUAAUAAAUUAAAAGAAGAAAAUAAAAACCAAAAAUUAGAGUUUGAAAGAUCUGAGAAGCUAUAUAAAGAAGAAAUCGAAGAAAAAAAACAAGAAUUAAUUACAAUAUCAACAUCAUAUGAAAAAUUAGAAUUGGAAUUAUCCUCCAAGAUAUCAGAAUUAAAUGAAUUAGAUUCAAAUUUUGACAGACAAGUUUUAGAAUAUAAAGAAAUAAAAUCAAUAGCAAAUGAAUAUGAAAUUAGAAUUGAUCAUAAUGAAAUUGAAUUAUCAACACAGUCAGAAAAAUUAAAAAUUUAUGAGCUAAAAUUUCAAGAAUUGAUCACCGCAAUAGAAUCUCAAAAAUCCACACAUCAACAACAACUCACAAAAAUAGAAUCACUAGAAUUACAAAUAUCAGAAAAUGAAAAAGAAAAAAUAAUACAAGAAGAUAACCUUAUAAAAUAUCUCCACAAGGAAUAUUCACUAAAACAUCAAACAAAAAUGAAUGAAAUAAAAUUACAUUAUGAUCAAGAGCUAGCUAAGCAACAAAAAGAAAUUAAAUCUCUUUCUAAAAAUAAUGAAUUUUUAUCUAAAAAGAUUGAAGAUUUAAAUUAUGAAUAUCAAUUGUUAUUAAAAGAAAAAAGUGAGUAA